GCAAUCUCAUCGGCAAGCUUGACCAGCCACUUGUAUAUUCAUCAUUCAAUCCUUGGAUAGGAUGUGAUUACUGUACCUUUUAUUAUAAACACUUUGCAUCAUUCGCUUUAGCAGUCAUGGGAUCCAUCAGUGGUAAUGAUAAUACACGUCCUGAUUCAAAGGAGAUUCGAGUCUUGGUCACAGGUUUUGGUCCUUUUCGCGCGCAGUAUCCCAUAAAUCCAUCAUGGGAGAUAGCAUCUCGUCUACCACGUUACGUUCCUACGAAUGUGAAAAAUGAGGGGCGCCAUCCGCACGCACGACCACCAAUCAACAAGCCUACACCACAGAUCAAGAUUGAUACUUAUGGAACGCCAGUUCAUGUAGGAUAUAAGGCUGUUCGGGAACUUUUGCCUACACUACUUGAUGACAACACGCCUGACUAUGUACUACAUAUCGGGAUGGCAUCUGGUCGACCCUUUUACAGUUGUGAGCGACGGGGUCAUCGAGAUGGAUAUUUCAUGCAAGAUGUCGAUGGGAAACUUUUGAAUGAUGAAUACAACAAGAUUAAGGAUGGCGAUGACUGGGUAUGGCACAACUGUCCCGGAGAACUUUUGACGAGUUUACCAUUCGACAAAAUGUUUCGUCAAUGGAAGGAAGCUUGUCCUGAGACUGAUACACGCAUUUCUGAAGAUGCCGGUAACUACCUUUGCGAUUUUAUAUACUAUACCUCUCUCGCGCACCGCUACAAGUAUCAACAACCAAAUAAAGCCAUGUUCCUGCAUGUGCCCGUCGAAUCGGAUCCCGAGUCCAUACGGAAGGGUGUUGAAAUUACAAUUGAGCUAAUUCGGGCCAUGGUUGAAUGUGAUUUGAAGGCUCAAUCCAAGACUGAUGACAACAUUAACAUUACAGAGGAGAAAUUGGAUCUGUAAAUUUCUCGAAUCCGCACCAGGUGAAAUCGUGUAUAAAGUGGCUUAGUAGAGUGGAACAGGUAAAUAUAUUAGGCAGGAUGAACAUAGCGAGCAUACCAUUUUUGAUAGUAUUGGUAGCACUAGUUGAAGCGCAUGGCAUCAUAGUGGCGUAGGACCUCAUCGGAUAUCAGAACCAUUUAUCAAAAAUACAAACUGAGAAACAUAGUACUUCAAUAAAGGUUCGAACUAAAACAUUAACUGUUCACUGUGAUAUUUCCAUCGAGAAUGCUGGAACAGAGCGUGCCUCUACCAUUUUUGAAUAAUGGCUCGCGUAUA